AUGCAACUCAAUCAGUCUUUCUACUUCUCCAUGGAGUCGCUAUUCAAAGACUUAACCGACGUGCCGGGUGCAGUUGAGCGUUUCAAAACCAUAUAUGAAAACACAAAGCUAGAAGGCUAUAGCUACUUUGUAAUAGCUGGUCUUUCACUGCUACUCAACUUGCCCCAGGUUCAUCCCGAUUAUCCCGCAUUACAACUCUUUUUUGAAGUCUCCCGUUUCGUCUUGGAGACCAUGGAAGCAUUACAACAGUACGUUCGUACAAUCCAUUACUUUAUAAGCAAUUCCUUUAUAAGUAAUUCCUCUGCUCCAGGGACUGUGGCUCAGCGCAUAUUGGACCUAACUCGUUUAGAUACUCAAGUCCCAAAUAUAGGCGUCAUCACCGAAUAUUUGAUGAUGGUAAUCUCCAUUCCUGACUUCCGCUCUCAGACCUCGUCCGAGCAGGCCCACGCAGCUAUUACCAGCUUACGCUCCCAGGGAGAGGUGCUGGCCUAUUUGUUCUAUGUUGUGUACUGUCAUAGGGAUUCAUAUUCUAUUCAAUGCGGAGAGCUUUUGAAGAGCUAUAUGAGCCGUGGAAUGCAGCCGUCGCCUUACUUGAAUAAUCUUCUGACGCAUGCCAUUAAUUACUACGUUGGACCAAACUACCAGAUUCAGCAGGGGAUGGCUAUUUCACCGGCUUAUUCUCAGUCAAGUCCGAUGGGAAUGCAGCAGCGCCAGCUCCAGUGUACUCCACAAUUCAGCAACGCCUUGUAUAACAAGGAUAUUGCCAUCAUCGUGCUCAAUGUGGGACCAAUUUCUAUCAAUGAUCGUCACUUCCUUCAAUAUGUAUUAAACAUUUGUCAGCCAAUUACGACAGUGAAGCUCGUACAUCUUAUUAUGGCUUUAUCCUCUGUUGCUGGUGAUCCUUGCAAGUACAUCAAUCAGUUGAAUAUGGCGUACUUCAUCCAGACCUAUCUUUCAUCUGUGAAGAUGGACCAGGCAUACAAAGAGUCACUGCUUAAGCAGCAAUACAGCCAGUAUCAUAUCAAUGCCAUCUUUUCUGUUCUCAGAAACGGCAAGGUGGAUGUUCAGUGGAAAGACAUUCUAAGUAUUUUAGAGCAACAAGUCACGACAAUAGAUACGUAUCUUGCACAGACCAUUAUCACCGCCUAUAUUGGCUAUUAUAUCGAUAGCAAUCCGAACAUAUGUCUUUGUGCAAGUUGUGCGAGUACAUUCGGCUCUCCUUCUUGUGGUAACAAUGCUUCUAACAACGUCUACAUUCCCCCGCGAGCACGCCAAGCAAUUGAUAAGCCUUCUUACUCUCCGGUUUUCGGCCUAUUUGACUAUGUCUUUCGAGAUACCGAUCGCGGUGCAAACUACCUAUACUAUUUUGAAGCCAAUUUCUUCAUAGGUUCAAUUAUCUACUUCAACCAGUUGGUUAGAGUGUUCAAUAAGAUGCUUCUUACCGACGUGAUCCCAUAUUUGAAGGAAGGAAAGGAACUCCCGCCUCAGUUUGAGCAACAGUAUAUCCCUUAUUGCAAGGUAUUCUUUAUUUUUUCGCAGAUUUGCUCGCCUAGGGUUACCAUCGAAAAGGGGAACAUUCAUCUUGUCAAGGGAUUUCCCAUUCUAGCUGCUAUGGAUAUGCUUUACUACGCAUUCAAGCCACAGAGCAACUUAUUUCAUCCUUGUCUAUCUCAGAAAAGCGGCGGGAUAUUUACACCAGACCUUCUAGAGUAUAUCUAUGAUGUCUUUAACCCGAUCAACUUAACUUACCCUGGCAAUCCGCACCUUACUCCGGCAUCUUCUCAAUCCUAUAAUUCGCGCGCGUCGAGACCAGAAUCGUGGAUCUGGUCUUCUCCCAAUUUGGUUAAAUCAAUCUUCCGGAUUUAUCCACUGGUUGCGCCUCAGGUGAGAACCGUUUUUAACGACAUUUUGGGUCUCAAUGGCAAUCGAUCUCAGUAUGGUCCAGAUCCAAUUUCCCGCUGUCCAGAUCAGUUGCUUGUUACACUCACUUUUGCUGACAUGGAUAUGUUGCCUGUUCUACAAGAUUCUGACCGGCAACAACAGCAGGUCAAGAAGCCUAUUGCCCCCCUAUACCUUCUCGCCAAACCACACGAACUAAUCACAAAAGCGAUGCUUCGCGUUUGUACCACAUUCCUCUUACAAAAGUAUCUCUUCAAGGCAACAAAGCAGCAGACAAAUCAAGGGUAUAUCGACGCCAUCGUUGCAACAAACCCAGACAUAGUUCUUUUUGCCUGCGAAGUUUUUUGGAGACGGAACCCAAAUAAUAUGGGGAAGGUUAUUGAUGUUAUUCAAGAGCUGCGUCUCAUUGAGCCAAUUGUACGCACCUGGCGGUCGUUUGAAUUUGUCUGCGAUGCUGCAGCAUUUGCUUCCGGGCGCGAGUUUCUCAAUCCAGCCCUUUUCAUAAUUAAUGCAAUGCAGACGUACGGGCGCACGUUCGCUGAAGAGUUCUUAAUUUUCAUUCUGAAGAAAUCCUUGCGGACGCUACGGAACAUUGAUGGAAAGACUAUGCGUGAAAUGUGCUUGCUCCUUACUGAAGAGGAUGUCAAACUUUGUAGCAUGGUGCUGCUUCCCUACGCCGGGGAUCAGUCUAGAUGCAGGCAGAACAUUACUGAUGCCACCAUAAGUUGGAAUGGCAAUUUAUUGGAAAUCUUGGACAUCUUAGCCAAGAAAGAGUACAGUGACCAGGCUGCAAAGCUCCGUUUAAUGGGUUUGUUAACUGAACCGCUAGUGAUCACUGCGCAAGGUAAUAGCCUGCAGACUUAUCAUGACAUGAACUUCUUGGACAUAGCGCUUACUGCCGUGUUGCCUACGGCGUACAAUCAAUACAAACUUAGAGCUGAGCAGUAUAUGCUAUCGUCUUCUCCAAUAACAGAGUCUAUGCAGCUUGUUUUCUUCAAAUUUUCCUAUGCAUACAGAACAUAUUUCAAACUAGCUUUUCCCGAAGACACUUAUUUGGAAUCUUUGUUCAGGCUAGUUGAAAAGGUCAUUAAACAUUGCCUUCCCGAAGCAGAGAUUAUAGAGAAAAGCCCCAUGGGCGUUUUCUUCGAUGUCUCCACCACCGAGCAGAACAUUUGGAACGAAGCUACUACCACCCUCCAGAAGUAUCUACAAGGACGGCUAAGCUCUGACGAGAUGGUAACGAUGGCUGCUACUAGGCAGAAAAACUCCUGUUCCACAUUGGCCUAUCAGAUGUCGUAUUGUACGCUUAUGCACACGAUUAUUGAGCUACUCGAUACGCCGGUACGAUGUGCGGAACUUCUCGGCAUAGGUGAACAUGAUGCCAUGCUAGCUACAAACGCUAGUCGGGACGAGCUGGGUGUUAUGCAGGAAACUCCCCUUCUUCGGGCAGAAUUAUCUCUGGCAGCGCUCGGUGGUCUGCUGAUGGGCUCUGGGGUCCUGUCUGAUGUCUUUGUUCCGCGCUUGUGCACACUGUUACUCAAGCAUCUUAACUCCACCGUCCCCUUUUUUAAUGAAGUAGGCAUGGAACUGUUAUGCUGCUUCUACAAAGAGGUUGAUGCGGUGGAAAAGGACUCUGUGCGUUCGCCAAAACGAUGGACAGCUACCUUUUCACAUAUUUAUAACACUAGGUAUUUCACCGAAUUGUCUGCAAAGAGAUAUGUACCGCUUUCGGCCGAAAAGCAGAAGUAUUGCGAGAAGAUAGAAUCCGAGCGCUUUGGUAUAAUUGAGGAGACCCCCAUUGACGUGAUCAUCGAUCGGCUCUUCGGUGAUAAAAAGGCUGCGGAUUAUGAUCUGACCAAAGUGUACCAGACAUUCAUGUCUGGAACAUCUCUCAAUGCACCGACCACACAGGGUCAUGCUCCUCAGGUGCUUUAUUCUUCUGCUUCCCAAAAUCUAUCCAUUCAUAGGGAGCAGGACAAAUCUGUGCCGCAUCUGCCCGCACAGAACUGCUUUGCAGGCUUACUUUCGCGAUACAGGCACCGUAUCUCCCCCACCUUGGUUAAAGCCAUGGACGACAUCUCAGCCAUGUCUGUAGUUGUUGCAAAGCAAAAGUACGCCCAGUUUGUCACAAGCUUGUUGGGGGUUCUGUCAAACGGCUCACAGACUUCUCUGGGAGAGCUCGUUGCGCGUCUUCGGGAGGACGUGGUAUUUCAGCAGAUUCUGUCCUAUUAUCUUGUGUCCACCUCUUUGUCCUCUAAUGAUGGAAGCGCCGUUGGCGUCAGCUAUCGUUCAGGAUCCUUUUCUGCUCAGGCAUCUCUUUCGACUGUCUCUCUAAUCACUGAUAUAAAUCUAUAUCUAAGGAAUGACGCACUCAUAGACAAUCUCGCUAAUGUAGCCAUUUUAUCCAGUCGGUUAGUCGAUUUGUAUGAAGCCUCUUCUGUGAAACAGAGAGUCAGCCUCAAGACAAUGCUUUUCCACUAUUCGUUGGUUAUGUUGUGGGAUCUGGUUGACUCCAUAUUGGAAGCGGAUGAAUCGGGUAUUCAUAGUGAAAGCUUGGGUAGAAACGUCGGCACUUUAGCACCUGUUGAGAGGCAGCAUGCACACGUGGCACUAUUGGCCAAGCGAUAUAAGAGAGCAAUAACCUUGGGGCACUGGCUGGGAUUUCUUGUGUUUGGAGCAAGAUAUGCUCCUCUAAAGCAAGACAUUAACUUUCUAGAGCUCAUAGAUAUUAGCGCCCAUAGAGGGACCUUUAUUCUUCUGGUGGUUUUCUUCCGUAGCUUCCUCCGCCACUCUCUCGAUUCCCCCGGUCUCCCAGCGACCUCUGGGCUUGUGAUCAUGAUAAUCUCAAAGCUCUAUGACACACUAUGUAAUAUUAACCGGUUGACAAUCAGGUAUCCUGUCUAUCAACUCGAGAUUGCUACGGCUUUAAUUGGAGAUUUCCAGGAGGAGGCGUACACGUGCCUUGAACACACUAAGUUGUAUCAGCACAACAUCACACACAAUUCGUCUCUUCAAGGCCUGUUUUCUUCUUCUGAACUCAUCUGUACCUCUCAUGUCAACGGUGACAGGACAGAAUUGGCUCUCAAGCCUCCUCCGUUCAAGUAUAUUGACCCCGCUGCAAAGACGCGCCAGGCAAGCAGCAUCAAUGGCUUGAACAUGCUACGCUUAGAAAGGUCCUUUAACCCUCUAUCUGAUACUCCCUGUCAAGCAUAUUGCAUUCCUCCACACAUCUUUCGAUCAGAAAUGCGGCUUGGCGUUCUUUGCGAGAUACAGCGUAAUGAAGAUCCUCAGCAGACGCCUUUUCCUCUCAUCCUCUCUUUCCUAACUGCAAAUCCGUCUCUUUACGCCUUUUUUGAGCGUGCUGUUCAGAUUAUUUGCAACAUGCCCGAGCUGGUUGAGGGAAAGAGACGUGCAUGUUUCCAUGCUCGUAACUUAGUAUAUACAUUGCUCCAGGAGUCGUCCCUUUCUAUAUGCUCACGUGGGUCGUCAACGCCAUCUAUGGCAUCUAUCAAGUCGCAGACAGGGCCUUCCUCUUCUUCUGGAAAGUCCUCUCAUCUUCCGACGGUAGCGUCCAAUAUUUCGCUAAAGAAUGCUAGCUCAGAUGAGACAAACCCCAAUUUUGCAUACGUAGCAACAACUUAUAUAGCGACCUCUCUCUUUCGAGCGUCUGCAUAUACAAUUAUUUGCUCAAAGAUCCGACUUCUGCUGCAUAAAUCCUUCUAUUGGGUGCCUACAGCAAGAGAGGAAGAUUUGCGCUUACAAAGGCUACUCGAAGACACAAUUAUAGAGGGACUGAUCCGUCUCGCCGCAGAGUAUGCGCUGAGUCUCUUGCACAAGCAGAUUAGGGAUUUUAGCGAGGUCAUUCUAACAUCUAAGAAAGAUCGCCAAAUGAAGUUUACGAAUGCAUGCAACACCUCAACUCAGAAUCAAGAGGACUCCGAGUACAGUGAGCUAUCUUACCAACAAGGAGAUACAUUCUCAUUGCAAUUUCUUGCCCCGCGCGCUGACACCGCCUUUACGACAAAUAGCACACCUCUUUGCUGUGAAUCAACUCAGAAAUUCUCAACGACCUCAGUAGUCAGUACCGUUAACAAACCGGCCCUGUCCUCAGAUCUAUUGAGAAACUUAUGCAGCAUGUAUGAGCAAUUGGAUAGCUGUCAUAGACUGAAGGGUGAUAUGACGAUUUUACGUGACUUAGCCCCUUCUAUGGGCCACAGAGUCACCACCCUGUAUCCUUACGUUAUUAAGGGGGAUUCUGUCAUGUUCUCCGUUCCAUACUCCUACUUUCAGUUGUAUCCUGUUGAAGCCCCUUCUUUAAUGAGGGGGGUGUUCAGCCACAAGGAUAUAGAGCUUAUUCUUUCAGUUGUCUUCGGAUAUAAAAUUAAUGUACUAUCGAGCAAACCCAUAUCUUUGAGCUCUCCUGAUUCUGCCAAACCAGAUGCUCAUCAAAUGCUUCACUUGCAGGUAGUGGCAAACAGUUUGGCUGCGAAAAUGAGCACCCACUUUUCCUCACUCAAGUGGACCGACUCUCGCGUGAUCAAUGGGAUUUUGCUCAGUACGUAUUCACAGGCAGCUUCUAUGUUUACGGCUAUAAAUGACCAGGUUCCAUUACUGCCACAUUUGGAAGGGGGCUCGCGGAGUACCUCGGGCUUUACUAAAACAGAUAUGCAACUCAGUAUGUACAGCAGCCUGCUUGUGCUCGGGCAAUCCAUUUCACAAAGCAUGGAGAAUAUGCCAUUGGACGGCUUGCCAGAUAUUUAUUCUCUACAGAUUGAUCAUCCUGUCUUGAUACCCUUACAUAGCAUCCGUGCAGCUGCCAGCCUUUAUGGUCGGAACAUGUCGACGCAGACGAGGGGAGCGUUUGUCUCUUUUAUUCUUUCCUUCGGAGAAUGGGCUAUUUCUCAUGUUAGUCUAGAUACAUCGAUGGGGAUAGCUGAAGGAUCUGGUGACUGGAAGCCUGCCUUCGAUAUUGCCAAUGCCUUUCAAAUGAGUACGGUCAUCUCCUCUAAAUCUGAUCUUCAGUCCUUGGUGUUUAAGGAUAUUAGCUACUCAGAGAUUCUAGACCCUCUCCUGAGUAGCUUUGCAAAGGUGGCCACACCGUCUUUAGAGCAGGUAGCAGGUAAAGGCUAUCGUCCCUUUUUUGACCUACGCUCCUACUAUAGCCAGGUACAGUUUAUCGAUUUAAUUUGCACAAGCACUAAUGAUGCUGCGGCUCGGCUCAGGCGACACUUUUUAGAUAUAGAAAAGCCUCAUUCCGAAGAGCUUCUGAGUCUGAAUUUCUUCAAGCAUAUAUGCACAUAUAAUUUGACGACAGACGUUGCUUCUUAUUCCUUAAAUAGCUCCCUGCCGGUGGGACUAUUUAAGAUCUUAUUGACCGUUGCAUUUGAUUUAGAUAUCCCAGAGCUAUGUCUUAAGCUCCUAACCCUGGUUAAACUCCGCCUAGUAACCACCAUAGCACAUGCGAUGCUUUGGGAGCUGUUUCUCGCUGGUAUCAAUAAGGGGGAACAGUGUAGGACUGUCGAUUCAACCCGGUUUUGGUUUGCAGAUGUGCUAGCUAUCUUUGGCCUAAAUCUAGUUAAGUGUAGAAUAAUUCCAGAGAAGAUUCUUGAUACAACCAUUUCUGGUGCGUUUAAAUACAUAUGUAACUAUCUGAAUAGACACUACGAGAAACGACUCUCAUCUUCUAACAGAGCUUAUUUGGCUAUAAUCCUGACAAAGCUAACCUCGGAAUCUGGAGUGUACUUAGCAACAUGUUGCCACGACCUUGUUUCUGCUAUUUCCAAGAUAGUCUUGGGUCUCUGCUUCACCGGCUCCAUCACCUAUCUACCUUCUUGCUGCAAUGCCUCAAGCCUUCCGAUGAUUUGCCACUUUUUAGCUGAAUCCUACAUCAACACGCUUGAGACCAUCUCCUUGCUCCAAGCACAAGAAGACCAAGCCUUGGGUGUGCUCUCCUGCUCCAAACUACCACCAGCCUUAGAGCGCUUGAUGCGGCUCUUUGACAUGGUAGGUGAUUGUUCCUCAGAAGAGGACGAUUAUCUAAACCUCUAUAGACUAUUGAUAUCGACAGGGUACAAUCCUUUUUCGGCACACGGAUUUUCUAGCAAUCAAUCUGACUUCUUACGGGUGCUUAUCAAAACCCCUUCUUCAGACGGUGCAGAAAAGUGUACUAUUGAAUCACAGGUUCUCGAUCAGUUUUCGCAUCUCGAACAUCUCCACAACGCCAUCCUGGAAGAUAUGGACCUGACCCAACACUCUGCGCCUCUUUCUCUUUCAGUGCUGGCCUAUAAAAUGCUUACGCACCUGAUUACAGUGGUUGUCCCUCAGCUUUCUGACACACUUUCCAAAGAGGACGAGUACAGCCUUAUGAGCCAUUACAUUGCACGCUUCAAUGCGUUGGGAUACUUUAUGGGAGAUACAAUCUCCAGCCUUCUUAUUGAUGCGGUGCUGCACAAGUUGUUGAAGCGCAGCAAGGGAAAUAAGCUGUGCAACAUGGCCAAUGGCCUGGGUGUCUUCAUCUGCUACCUCAUCUACGCCUGCCCAGAGCACAACCUUUCAUGCAGCUACAACAAGUCGGCCGUGCUGGCACAUUUCCUUGAGAGGCUUUUGCGGUUUACUUCCUACUUAACGAGCUUUAAGUAUAAAAACUCUUACAAGCUGCAGGGGCUUAUGAAUUUUAGAAGUCUUGACCUUUUACCAAACAUGACAUUACGGACAGACAGUGGCAAGGCAGAGUCUCAGGAUGUCGUUGUCGACUCUGCCUGCAUUACACUCUAUAGAAUCCUCACAGUUUUGUCGGCUAAUUUAUUUAGUAAGAGCUCGCCUGUAUUCGCUUACAGACACGAUUUUAUCUAUGUAUUGACUCACUACCUUCUUUAUAUAAGUCCCCAACAGAGCAUUUUGUUCAAUAACCUGUUCCUUGCAAUCAUCUCAGAGUCAUCGUUUAUCGAUGCUGCCCUCUCGAUGUCAGAUCUCGAUGCUCUCUCGUACUGCAGCUUUAGCUUAGAGUACGCAAUACAUUAUGCUGCAAGCACCAUACCGUCAACCCUCAACAAUGUCGGCAGUCCAAUAGCUGCGUCCUCAGCGGCAGCAGAGGUGACUAAGGAACUAUGGAAUAUCUGCGCUGACGUGGGGAUAGAGUACCUACCCGGCUCGUCUACAUCAUCCGGACACGCAGAGUUACUGCUAAGCUCAUCGGCACAGCACCACCUUCUACAAAUGAAAUCAGAUCUUUCCGUUAUGAGCCUCAACGCCAUCCCGUUGUCCCUUAACCCUGUGUACAACCAGUUCUUUACUGUCCAAGUGGGGAAUCCAUCAUGGAAGCACUAUCUGCGACUUCUUUGUGAGGCACUUGAGUUUAUUCAAUUGACCCCCCAGAUCCUGCGCCAACUCAAUACCACCGACGUGUACAAUGCAAACAACUGCUUUGUUAAGAGUACACUGCGGUUACUUGAGCUCUUAAGACACGAUUUUCCUUCAUUUAUUAGCUUCUACAAAAUGCACCUUGCCUCUCGGAUUUCGUCCAAUCACAAAGCACUUCGGUGUUUCAUACUCUCUGUGCCAGGCUCACCAUUAACACACUAUCAGAUUGCUAACUCAAUGGAUUUGGAUGUUGUCCGAGAUGUUAAAGAGAUUUGCCUUGCCCCGCCGCUUGCGGGCUUUCACACCGGGCUCGCCACCGUUCGUUCUCCGAGCCAAGUCAUUGCGGAGUUCUCUCACAGUAUCGUGCCGGUAAAGUAUACGAUGCAGCGCCAUGCUCACCCAGCCGCUGCAGCACACGAUUCCUUCGUCAUUCGGUUGCGUGAAACUGGAGCGUUGGCCCAAAUCAAUGAGCUCAGAAAGCUUGCAGCAAAGGGGACUCAGUUUCUGAGGACGGGUAGUGUGAGCGAUCUACAAGAAACUAAGAAUAAGCUAAACAGAGAACAGGCCUCAGCACUUAUAGAAAAGCUGUGUGCGAUCUUUGUAGCUAACGCCGCUGAUCAAUCCGGGAUUAGAGAUAUGGUGUUCAUAUACUCGUUUGUCUUCUAUGCCUGUAGUGAGCUCUUGAGUUGCAUUUUAGCUAGCCAGCGCGCCCUUUCUGCCCCUGGGGAGAUGGUAGUAUUUCAGCUCUUUGAGCGUCUGCUCCAACACCAGAGCGUUAGAGAGUAUCACCUGAAGCACGUUCUUCAUACGCUCCUGAUUCAUCUAGGGGAGCCGAAUCGUAUAUCCUAUAUGUUUGCCUUACUCCUUCGACACUUGAUAACAGUUGAUCUUCAGCUACGGAGAACCUUAAAGGAAUGUGUCGAAGAGAUAAAGCCCGCGGAUCCUCCGUGGGCCUUACGGAUACUAAAACAAGUAAUAAGUGAGGGCGGAUCUUAA